AUGGAUCCUCACCUCGAAAAGGGACCACAAUCGUUGCCGACAAAUCAAGAAACCCAGCAUAUCAAUCCAGUUCGCGACUGGAAUGGACCUGACGACCCAGAUAAUCCUCGUAAUUUCUCGUUGUGCAUGCGUCUCUUCGGCACAUUUACUGUGACUUCCCUGGCAUUUGUGGUGGCCUUCGCAGGAGGAAUAUACGCUCCAGCUCAAAAUGAGUUGAUGAAAUUAUGGGGCUGCAACUAUGAGACAGCUGUAUUACCUCUUUCUCUCUACAACCUGGGACUUUCGUUGGGACCCAUUGUAGGUGCUCCGCUGUCUGAGAAAUACGGCCGGAGGGCUGUCUACAUCGUCAACACGCCUAUCUUCAUUCUCUUCAUGAUUGGAGCUGGUUUCUCAAACAACAUUGGAAGUUUAAUCAUUUGCCGCUUUUUUGCCGGUGUUUUUGGGUCUCCAAAUAUCAACAAUGCCUCCGCUACCAUCUUAGACUAUACACCCGACAUCCACCGCGGCGUCGUUCUCGGCAUGUACUAUUCCCUCCCGACAAUCGGUGCAACCAUAGGGCCUCUCGUCGGUGGCUUCCUUGUCCAAGCGCGAGGGUGGAGAUGGACACAUUGGGUUCCUAUCAUCGUCUCCGGUAUCCUCUACAUCCAAGUGCUAUUCACAAAGGAAACCUACAAGGGCGUGAUUUUACAACACCGAGCAAUCAAACUGGGCCUCAUGGACGCAUCGUCUCAGAAAGUCAGCGUGCUCAAAUCCUUCCGACACUUUUUCGUCGCCCUUAUUCAACGCCCAAUCCACAUGCUUUGCACGGAGCCAAUCGUAACCUUCGUCAGUCUGUACAACGGCCUCAUCUAUGGACUCAUAUACGCAUUCGUGAUUUCUAUACCAUGGGUCUCAACAACAUACUACAAUUUCGAUAAAACAGGAGAAGCCCUUUCCUACCUGGGCGUUUCACUCGGUAGUCUGAUCGCCUGCCUCCCAUUCGCAACUGUGGACAUCCUGUUCUACCAGAAACGUCUUUUGUCAUGGAAAAAAGCUCACCCACCGAAUGAGAAAAUGCCACCAGAGAACCGUCUCCCUUCUGCCAUGAUAGGCAGUUUCUUGCUUCCGGCCUCAUUGCUUAUCGCCGGCUGGACAGCGGAGAAUCGCGUCCAUUGGAUUGUUCCCAUUUUCUUCCAGGGGAUGGCCACGCUUGCUUGCCUGUUAAUUUAUGCGGGUGCCAAUCUCUUCAUGUUAGAUUCCUAUGGGCCUCUCUACGGUGCCUCGGCUUCUGGUGCCAUGAUGUUCAGUAGAUAUCUGUUGGGCUUUGCCUUUCCGCUGUUCACGCUUCAGAUGUAUGAAAGGCUAGGUGCGGGAUGGGCGACAUCUAUUUUAGCCUUGUUGACUUUCAUCAUGACUCCUAUUCCAUGGUGUUUUUGGGCGUAUGGGCCGCGGCUGAGAGCUGCGAGCAGGUAUGAGACAAGUGCUUGA